GGGAAAAGCAGAGAAAGGAUAAGAAAGGGAGUGGAACUGGCUUCUACGGUGGCCGGGGAGGGACGCGCCGAGCCGGAGGCUGCAGGAUGAUGCGAUUCAUGCUGCUGUUCAGCCGGCAGGGAAAACUCCGGCUGCAAAAAUGGUACUUGGCCACCUCAGACAAAGAGCGGAAGAAGAUGGUUCGAGAGCUUAUGCAGGUGGUUCUGGCUCGCAAGCCCAAGAUGUGCAGCUUCCUGGAGUGGAGAGACCUCAAAGUUGUGUACAAGAGAUAUGCCAGCCUCUACUUCUGCUGUGCUAUCGAAGGCCAGGACAAUGAACUCAUCACCCUGGAGCUGAUCCACCGAUACGUGGAGCUCUUGGACAAAUAUUUUGGCAGCGUAUGUGAGCUGGAUAUCAUUUUCAACUUUGAGAAGGCCUACUUCAUCCUGGAUGAAUUCCUGAUGGGCGGCGAUGUCCAGGACACCUCCAAGAAGAGUGUGCUCAAGGCCAUUGAACAGGCAGACCUGCUGCAGGAGGAGGAUGAGUCGCCGCGCAGCGUCCUGGAGGAGAUGGGCCUGGCAUAGCCCCCGCCAGCCAGCCGGGCCCUGUGGACAGGGGGGUGCCAGGGGAGAGGCAGUACUUCGGGUGGCUGCUUCUCUUACGUUCCCCACCUUCACCCCGACCUUCUCUUGAUGGGACCCGGCUGCCUUUCCUCACCAUUCUUUGUGGGGAGCUGCGGGCUCUGGCCCUCCAAACAUUCCCUCCCUCCGCCCUCGACUCUUCCCACCCGAGGUUUUAGGAGCAGGACACUGUGACCUGGAUGGGGUGCUAUUUGGCUUGCGUUCCCUGCCUUUGGGGAAGCAAGGUUGCCCCAGUCGGUCUCCGUCCUCCCCGCCUGCCCCUUGUUGAUCACUGUAAAUAUAUAAAUAUGUCAGGUUAAAGGGAAAAGGUUUUCAGGGCUCUUCUUUCCCCUCUGCCCCCAAAACCUACCUCCACCCCUCCCCCUAGCCAGCCAGGGCAGUUUCUCUGCCCGGGAGGGGGGGCGCGUUUCCCUCUCCGGUCCCGACUUCCUCCUUGGCUCCUGCGUCCAGCCGAAAGCCAGGGAAGGAACCACGGAGUUAAUUUUUUUCUAACCUUGCCACUUAGAGGGAAGGAAGGGUUGGGGGAAGGGCCUGCUUUCUGGGACCCUAGUCCUGCCCCUCUCCGGGGGGGGGGGCGGGGAGGGGGCAUGGGCCAAGCAUUUUGCCUUUACUUCCUUUCUUCUGAAAUAAAAGGAAAAAAAAGUGUUUCUGGA